AUGGACUCCAGAACUCGCCUUGACCAUGUUCUCUUUCAACUCACUCCAACCAGAACAAGAUGUGAACUGGUGAUAUUUGCUGCUGGUGGAGGUGCAAACGAGAAAUUGGCUUCAGGGCUUCUAGAACCAUUUCUUGGUCACUUGAAAUGCGCCAAAGAUCAGAUCUCGAAGGGAGGGUACUCCAUCAUUCUUCGUCCUUCGGCCUCCGGUGCCUCCUGGUUCACCAAAGCCACUUUGCAGAGGUUUGUGCGAUUUGUUAGCACACCAGAAGUUCUUGAGAGAUUUGUGACCAUUGAGAGGGAGAUAUUGCAAAUUGAGAAUUCGAUUCAAUCGAGUGAACUGACUGAAUCAGAAGGUGCAAUUCUGAGAUCCUUCAUUAUAUUUACUCUGUUAUUGUCUAUUCUUCAAUUCAUUACCUGCUGA